UCAGUGUGCGCCUAGCGUUGGGAACAAGUCUCACUAGUCGGAUUUUAAACCGGUGAGAGAGACACGUCGAGAGAUUCCAAGCAGGACAGACCAGAAAUGAACUAUCUAAUGACUUGCCACAUCCGUGCACAGUCUGAAAGAGCCUGCACUCGAGACUCAUGAAUAAGGAUUGCAUUCUUUUUUUCCACCUUGGAAGAUCUGGCAAUAAUUUUGUGUAUCCACACAUUUGUACGUUUGUUUUGAUUUGGCGUGCGUGCUUUUGCAAUAAUUCGUUUCGGUCAUUUUGUUUGGUUAAUUUGUGAAUUGCACGUUUUGCGGAAUAGCCUAACUGGAAUUUUGGAGCCAAGAAUAAUCCAAUAGGAGAGUUUUACAGCAUCAACAUGUUAUUCUGAAGAUGGGACGUUGCGAGGCGAAGAAAAGCUCACCCAUUUCAACCCAUCAUCCAUCCACCAUCGAGCUGUGACUACCACAUUCCCUUCAUAAUUUGUCAACAACUGGACAAACAACAGUGGGAGUGAAACGAGAAGAGGAAAGUUCAGUCUAAACGCCGCGGAAAAACGAUAAGAAAGAAUUUCUGGAAAGUAAACUCUUGCAGAAAAACAGCAACAAACGCCUCUUGGAAUUGAUAUUACAGCGGAGCGCUGUUCACACCUGCACGAGCUACUUUUCCAUAAAUGUGUAUUUUGUGGAAUUGUCUGCUUAAAUCCACAUAGACUACACCGUUGUUUAACUGUUCUCGUGCGUGUGGGUUCACGUAGAUAUUCAUGCAGGCUCCCGAAACACGUUGUACCUGCUAACACUGACGGAUUCACCCACUGGGGUUGAAGCACACACGCUUUGUUCAAAAUCCAGAGCCUUCAAACCUCUGGGAGAAUAUCCCACGUAGAUUUUAUGGGUGUAAAAAGACGGAAUUCGGGAUUUGAGAUGGCAAGUCGUGGCUGUGAAAAUGGAUUGGGAAUUCUCCUGAUAUUCUUAGUGGAUUUACUCGGGAUCACGGCGACCAACAUGGAGCCCAUCUACUGGAAUUCCGUGAACAAAAGGUUUAGUGCUGAUGAGGGUUACAUCCUCUACCCUCAGAUCGGCGAUCGUCUGGACCUCAUCUGUCCAGCAUCAGAGCCCCCAGGUCCCCGAGCCCCCGCCGAAUACGAGUACUAUAAACUAUACCUGGUGUCAUCACGGGACCAGGCGGACAGGUGUGAAGUGACUGGUGCUCCCAACCUGCUCCUCACCUGCGAUAAACCCAACAGCGACAUGCGUUUCACCAUCAAGUUUCAGGAGUACUCGCCCAACCUGUGGGGCCACGAAUUUAAAACGAAUCAGGACUAUUUCAUCAUCGCUACUUCAGAUGGGACCCGUCAGGGGCUGGAGAGCGUGAGAGGAGGAGUUUGUGCUACACAGGGCAUGAAGGUGGUGCUGAAAGUGGGACAGAAUCCAUAUGGCCUCCCAGCCAAGUCCCCCAAACCUGACCCAGCGAGCCGUAUCAACAACCAGAAUCCAGGUACUGGAAACAGCACACAUCCCCGAAUUCCCUCAAGAGGACCGGGUGGAGAGAACGGCCCUCUCCCUCCCUCCAAUAUCGCUGUUAUCGCAGGUGCCGCCGGAGGUUCUGCCUUCCUCCUUCUCGUCACUGCCGUCAUCUGUGUGGUGUGUUACCGACGACGACACGCCAAACAUUCAGAAUCGCACCACCCUCCUCUCUCCCUCUCAUCCUUGACCUCGCCCAAGCGAGGCUGUGGCGGGGGCGGAGGAAGUGGCAACAACAACGGAUCAGAGCCUAGCGACAUCAUCAUCCCUCUGCGGACUUCUGACUCCGCCUACUGCCCCCACUACGAGAAAGUCAGCGGGGACUACGGUCAUCCGGUCUACAUCGUACAGGAGAUGCCCCCUCAGAGUCCAGCCAACAUCUACUACAAAGUAUGAGAACCGGAGACGACCUUACCGACAACUACGAUGACCACACCAACCUUAACUACUACCUAAAUCCCGCCCCACCGCCGCAGUCCUCCACGUGACUGCGGUUGUCCCUGUAGAUCAGAUCCUUUUACCUUCACACACAUUUCUCCCAUAUAGUGACUUUUUGGGGCCGGGUGUGUGUUAUCAUUCCUCACAAGUCCCCCAACCUUCGGCCUUCUGUUAGAGAGAGGAUGUCCUGAUACAAGGGCCUCCUUCUCUCUGACAUCCCACCGGGAAAAGUUCUUAAAGCUAGAGAAGACCUCCUGGAGCGAUUCUGCCAACUGAAACAAAACAUAUAAACUCCUAGUUUCAUUGGAGCACAAGCGUCAAAACUGUCUUUUCUGAUGUACUCGCAAAAAUACGAAAAAACGAACACUCAACUUGUCCAAACCUCGAAAAACAUUUUGAACUUCGACCUUGAAUGCUACAUUUACUCACAAAUAGCAGUCUAGUUUGUGUUACUACUCCUCUGUAAGGGGGGGAGCCAUUGAUUUAGCCAAUCGUCGCACAGGGCUCCAGUCACGUGAUGUGUGGACCCAUGUGUUUGGUUGGUGGAGUUGCAGUGGCGUGGGGAAUCUUGUAUAUUUUAAUAACGUGUGUAUUUUGUGAGUGUGUAGGAUAAAUAUUCUGACACUGCUGGUGAGCUUCAGUAAAACUUGCGAGUGUUUGUGUGGAUGAGUGUGUGUCUGAGUACAGUGUCAGUGUUAGCGUGAAUGCGUGUUUGUUAGACUGUUUCAAAACCAAAACAUAAAAUGUGAGUGAACAUCAAAAAUGUUUUUUUAUUGCUUUCAAACACAUAGAUUAUAAUUAUAUAUGAAUACUCAGUAAAAUAAUUUUUAGAAAAUUUCAUGUAAAGUUACACAGUUCCUUUGCUAGGCCUAAUUUGUUUAUCGACAUGUUGACCUUGUGUCUUUCCCUUUUGAGUUGUAAAUUAAUUUAAUACUUUCAUUCUGUUGCAGAAACCGAGUUUGUUUGGUUCUGUUUUCCACCUCAUUUUUCUCUUUCCCAGGAGUCUCCUCCGCUCUACACAUAUAUUUUUAUAGCUCCUUGUACUCUGAUGUAGUUUUGAAGCUAGACCUCGUUUGUGAACGUGUUGAGGUAGAACAAUCUGAGAGUUUUUUUAUUCUUAUUUUUUAAGAUGCUUUUUUUGAACAAAAAGGGAAAAAACUGAAAGGAGGGAAGAAAUGGAUGGGGUUAAAUAAAAAGGAUAUGCACACUGCCUGAUAGGAAACGAAAACGGAUGAGCAAGAAACUUCCAGAAAGAGUAAAACUAUGAAAGAAUCGCACAUUAAAAGACAAAAAAUAGGGGAGGGAGAGAUGGGAGGGGGAUGAAAGAUGCUUGAAGCAGGAGAGAGACAGAGAGAGAGCGAGAGAUAGGAAAGGUUUUUAAUAAACUCUUGGAAAAGCUCGUCUGAAGCGGUGAAGGAGGCAGAUGUGAGCGCACGGCUGUGUUCUGAGGUAGAGAGAGAGUCGGAUGAGAGGGAAGAAAGGAGCUAAUUCUCUCAGAUGGACAACAGGAUAGAUGGACACACAGAAUUCCUCUUUUAUAGAUACACAGUGCUCUUUUUUUGUUCACGUGAAGUGGAAAUAUUUCUGGGGACUCAUUUGAAAUUCUAGAGUAUCUCGGAAAACGUUUCGAUAUUAUGCAGACGCGCACACGCGCUCUGAGAGAGAUUCAAUGGCCGUGGCACACAAAAAAAGCACUUGUAGAGAGACCGCUUUUCAUCUCGCGCAUACACGUGCACGUGCAAACCGAUUACAUAAUCAAAAGCCAUUCUGAUUGGCCAUAUAUGCUAGUUUCCGUAAAAAUACUGUAAUUAGCUACUCUUUCACACGCUAUCUCUCCUUUCUCUCUCUCUCUCUCUCUCUCUCUCUCACACACACACACACACACACACAC